AGAAGAAGCAGAACGUGAACGGCUAGUGCUUUGGUUUGUUUACGUCGUGAAUAUAAAAUGUCACAAUUACAGCUCUUGAAUGUGUUUCUUACCGAACGAUUAACAGCGGUAGCUAUGGAGAUAUCUGUUGUACUUGAACAAAAUUUAGGCGAGUACCAGGAAGAAAUCUCCCGUUCAAAUGAGGAGAACAAACGUCUACAGAACCUGUUGGACUUGGUUUUCAGCUCCGAAAUCAAGUUACUCCGCGAAGACUCCCAGCAGCUCUCUCUUCCUGUCUCUGAAGAGGAGGUUCCCCCUGAGCAGCAGCACUGUGAGCAGGAGAGUAGCCCCAGUCAGAGGCAGGAGGACCCAGAGCCCACACUGAUUAAAGAGGAACAGGAGGAACUCAGGACCAAUCAGGAGGAAGACCAGCCUCAAGGUCUGGAACCUGAUACCAAAGACCUCUUGAUUCCUGCCUGUGUGAAAAGUGACUAUGAACAGGACCCACCUCUGCCCUCACAUCUUGACCAAACCUUGGAGAACAGAGAGAGGGACUCUCUACCCACCAACACAACUGAACAGAUCAAAACAGAACCUGAUGGAGAGGACUACAGAGGAUCAGAACCAACCAGGGACUCUCAACUCCUCUCUGAAGCCCAGAUAGAAAACAUAGACGAACGUGUUGAUGGGAUGGAGAGACACAUUCCUCCUCCCUUCUCUCCAGACUCCCAGCAGCCCUCUCUCUCUGUCUCUAAAGAGGAGGUUCCCCCAGAGCAGCAGGAGAGAAGCCCCAGGUUGGGUCUGGAGGACCCAGAGCCCACAAAACAAGAGGAACUCUGGACGAUUCAGGAGGAACAGCAGCCGGAAUCUGACAGCAGAGUAUCAGAACCAACCAGUGACUCUCAGCUCCUCUCUGCAGUAAAUCCAGACUGUUCUGCAGCUCUGGGUGAAAACAGAGUAUGUGUUGAUGGGGCAGUGGAGAUGCUUGUUCUUCUUUUCUUCCCUCCAGACUCCCAGCAGCUCUCUCUCCCUGUCUCUGAAGAGGAGGUUCCCCCUGAGCAGCAGCUCUGUGAGCAGGAGAGGAGCCCCAGUCAGAGGCAGGAGGACCCAGAGCCCACACAGAUUAAAGAGGAACAGGAGGAACUCAGGACCAAUCAGAGUUUUCUGGUAGAAAACAUAGAAGAACGUGUUGAUGAGAUGGAGAGACACAUUCCUCCCCCCUUCUCUCCAGACUCCCAGCAGCCCUCUCUCUCUGUCUCUAAAGAGGAGGUUCCCCCAGAGCAGCAGGAGAGAAGCCCCAGGCUGGGUCUGGAGGACCCAGAGCCCACAAAACAAGAGGAACUCUGGACGAAUCAGGAGGAACAGCAGCUGGAAUCUGACAGCAGAGUAUCAGAACCAACCAGUGACUCUCAGCUCCUCUCUGCAGUAAAUCCAGAAUGUUCUGCAGCUCAGAAUGAAAACGGUAAAGUUCAUCAGAGUCCCAGCACUUCUUCAGAACAAGUUUCUAGUAACGUGGAAUCAAAUGAAGCAUCUCAUUUCUCUACCUGGAGUGAGGAAAACAUCUCGGCUACAGACAGCAACUCUUCAGACAGGAGCUCCUGCACUAAAGAAGACUCUGAGGCACGUAAACCAGCCAAGAGAACAUGCCAUUCUAGUGGUGUGGUGAAUGAACCAUCUGAUCUGUCUAACUUCUGUGAUGAAAACCACCCGGGGACUGAGAUCAGGCCUUCAGACGGCAACAAAGACAUGAACAUCCAAACAGACUCUGGGGCUCAUAAUCCAGCUAAGAGGAUAUGUCGGAGGGUGCCUGAUAUGUCAGAGGGUGCAGUAGCAAGACGUGGGAGUGGAGAGAUGGCCUCCUGUUCCCGUCCAAAAGUGCCAGGAUCCACUCGAAAUUACACCCACUGCUUGCACUGUCAAGGUCUGUACAUUCGAAAGUCGCUAUGGAAACAUGUCAGAUACUGCCCUCUGAACCCCAAAGCAGAAGAACCAAAACCUGGACAAAAGAUGAGGAUUCAGUCAGCAAUGGUGUUUAAGUUGUGUCCUCAACCCGACUACGUCAGCACAGGUCUUUGGAAGAUAGUUUGUGGUAUGAACUCCGGCCAAGUUUCAUUUGUGGUUAGAAAUGACAAAUGUAUCCUCCUGAUGGGAGAAGAGAUGUACAACAAACUACCGCCAGAUGACAGAAGAAAUAAAUACAUCCAACAAAGAAUGAGAGAGGUGGCAAGACUCCUCAUCACGGCCAGGACGUGUACACCUCUGAUGUGCUUUGAGGACCUGGUCAUACCUAGUAAUUUACCUCACGUCAUCACGGCAGUGAGAGCUGUUGCUGGCUACAACGAGGAGAACAAAACGUACGACUGUCCGACGCUGGCUGUUCAAAUGGGAUACAACUUAAUGAACAUUGGCAGCGCUGUGGAAUCCUCUGCACUGACGUCAGGACAACACAAAGUCGCGGAGUCUGCUGGCAAAUUCAAAAGUUUCAAGUGGAAUGAGGUUGUUUUGGCUGGAGCACUGUCCACUCUCAGUGAACCCAAAAAUACAUGUCCCCAGCCGACCGCUGUCACACAGGCGCCCUACCAGCCGACCCCCGUCACACAGGCGCCCUGCCAGCCGACCCCUGUCACACAGGCGCCCUACCAGCCGACCCCCGUCACACAGGCGCCCUGCCAGCCGACCCCCGUCACACAGGCGCCCUGCCAGCCGACCCCCGUCACACAGGCGCCCUGCCAGCCGACCCCUGUCACACAGGCGCCCUGCCAGCCGACCCCUGUCACACAGGCGCCCUGCCAGCCGACCCCUGUCACACAGGCGCCCUGCCAGCCGACCCCUGUCACACAGGCGCCCUGCCAGCCGACCCCUGUCACACAGGCGCCCUGCCAGCCGACCCCUGUCACACAGGCGCCCUGCCAGCCGACCCCUGUCACACAGGCGCCCUGCCAGCCGACCCCUGUCACACAGGCGCCCUGCCAGCCGACCCCUGUCACACAGGCGCCCUGCCAGCCGACCCCUGUCACACAGGCGCCCUGCCAGCCGACCCCUGUCACACAGGCGCCCUGCCAGCCGACCCCUGUCACACAGGCGCCCUGCCAGCCGACCCCUGUCACACAGGCGCCCUGCCAGCCGACCCCUGUCACACAGGCGCCCUGCCAGCCGACCCCUGUCACACAGGCGCCCUGCCAGCCGACCCCUGUCACACAGGCGCCCUGCCAGCCGACCCGUCGCACACGCACCCAGCCGACCCGUCGCACACGCACCCAGCCGACCCGUCGCACACGCACCCAGCCGACCCGUCGCACACGCACCCAGCCGACCCGUCGCACACGCACCCAGCUGACCCCUGUCGCACUUGCGCCCGGCCAGCCGACCCGUCGUACAGGCACCCAGCCGACCCGUGGUACAGGCACCCAGCCGACCCGUGGUACAGGCACCCAGCCGACCCGUGGUACAGGCACCCAGCCGACCCGUGGUACAGGCACCCAGCCGACCCGUGGUACAGGCACCCAGCCGACCCGUCGUACAGGCACCCAGCCGACCCGUCGCACAGGCACCCAGCCGACCCGAAGAAACACUGUGAGAUUAAAGUGGAUCACUGAUGAGGUAGCAGCAGUAGAGAAACACAUGAUGCCGUUCAUAAAGAGUAGCCGAGUUCCUGAAAAGAGGGACUGCCUCAAAUGCCUCCAGUCAGAACCUGUGGCGCUGAAAAGCAGAGACUGGUCGGGCAUUAAGUUCUAUGUAAAUAGAGUCAAACAGAGACUGAGUACUGCAGGGGAAUCAGAGGGCAGCAGCCCUGACCGGGACUCAACCUCAGGUCCAGCAGCCCUGACCGGGACUCAACCUCAGGUCCAGCAGCCCUGACCGGGACUCAACCUCAGGUCCAGCAGCCCUGACCGGGACUCAACCUCAGGUCCAGCAGCCCUGACCGGGACUCAACCUCAGGUCCAGAGACUGGCAACCCAACACCUUAGCCAAACAAAAUGUUAUUGUUCUUUGACUCAGUAAUUGGUGCCUUCCGGGUGUCCUAUAAAGUUCAGGAAGUUAUGGGCAAAGUUAGAAAUCUGUUUUACAAUGUAAGUUUACUUUUAAUCCGUCUAUCUGCAUAUUUCAAGACAUGGCAUGUCGGGUGCCGUUAGAUAACCAACGGGUCGGACAAUAUUAUUUCCCCCACUUAUAUUGAAGAUGUUACUGAAAUACAGGAAGUCAAAUUAUACUCCAACAUUAAGAGAAUGGAAGAAUCAAGCAUUUUAUUAUUUAAAUAUCGAAUACAAUCUUUCUACAGACAGAAACAACAUAACAAUUUGAAGUCGUUGGAAAAUGGCCCCUUGUUUUUCAACCCCUGAGAAACAGACAGUUACUGAAGCGUCCCUGGAGAAGUGGUUCUGUGCCUUGCUCAAGGGCACAACAGCAGGAGGCGGCGUCUAGGAUACCCAGAAGCCUACCAGAAUUGUUCCAUUCAGACUUGGGAUUCAAACCAGUGACUUUCCAGUGGCAGGUCUGCCUCUAAGGACAUGAUCAAUGAAAUGUUACCUGGCUAAAACCAUUUACCCCAACUACUACCUUACAAACUGUUUUCCGUAGCUCACUGACUAACCUAGUGUUGAACUAACGUUGGCAAAAGUCACUGCUUUUCCAGAAGUCCUGUUUGAAAUAUUCACAGAAUCAGAAGGGAUGGAAUCCGGAAUCCUUUAUCCAGGAUUUCCAGAAUACCUGUGAGUUUUGGGAAAGCGAUCAGUUGGGCUGUAUUAAAGUUACUAUUGAAUCAUCA